AUGGCUACAGGCAGCUCGGAAAACAGCCAAGCGCGUUCCUUGUGCUGCAGGGACUGGGAAGCGUGGCAUUCUGGUAGUGUGCUGCUUGCAGCCGGAGGCAACAACGAGUUGAUUGAGCACGUGAGGGCCAAACUCGAAGAGUUAGAACGAGAGCUAGCACGAGAUGUGAAAGUGCACAUCGUGAAUGGCAUGAGUGGCGAGCUGGCCGCCGUGGUGCGAGCUCGGCCAAGUGACACCGCCUUCCGACUGAAGGAAGCCAUCUUGUCUGAAGGUGUAGUGAACUCCGAAGAGGACGACUUGUGCUCGAUCAACUUCUUGCGAUGCAAUCAGUUGAUGGAUGAGUCGAUGACGCUUUCUGAGGCAGGAAUUCGGGAUGGCGACCCCGUGCAGCUGGUGAGGUCACCACUGCGAUGUUUGACCGCUUCCUUAGAUGGAACUGUGAGACUCUGGAAUCUCCAUUCCAAGGCCCAGGAGGAUAUUAAUCCUUUCAUCGGCUUUCGAGAGGAAGAGGCCUCUGACAGUCAUGGGCCGGUGCUUUCCGCAUCUUUGGCGCCUGACGGCCGGUCGUUGCUGACGGUAGCAGCCGGUGGUGAGGGCCAGAUUUGGUGCGCGGAGACUGGCCGAGCUGUUGCAGAGCUGGAAGGGGCAGCCGCGACGGGACACUUCUGCCCGGAGGGUCACCGCGUGGUGGGCUCGUCAAGCGACGAAGCUGCGCGGAUCUGGUGCGCUAGCACUGGAAAGAGGAUAACACCACAGAUGGUCAUGGACGUGCUAUGUGGCACUUUAGGGUCUUCUUAUGUCUUCUUGAUGGUUACUAAGCCCAACCACAUCCUUUGUUGGGGUUUCCUCGGCCGGGAGCCGGCGCCCGAAGACAGGGAUCAAAGCCGCAAGAGCCCGGUGCAAUGUGCGGUGGAUGUUGAACUCCAGAUGAGUUUUCUCUUGGCAUUGCUGGCGACCCCUCUGCUGGCCGACGCUACGGUGUUGGUCACAGGCGCCACGGGACGCACGGGCAGCCUGCUCUUCAAGGCGCUGAAGGGAUAUCAGUCGAGCCCCGUGCGGGCGCUGGUUCGAAACCUCACCGAGGCACGGGAGCGUUUGGGCUGCAGCAAAUGUGAUGAAAGUGAAGGCAUUUUCGUGGGAGAUGUCACCAACUCCUCCAGUUUGUCAGCAGCUUUCGAUGGGGUGUCCAUGCUGGCCAUUGCCGUGGGCGUGCAUGGCACCGAAGCCGAGGCAGUGGUGAAGGCCGUGGAGUGGCAGGGGGUCAAGAACCAAGUGGAGACCUUUCUGAGCACUGGUGUUUCUGGCAAACGUGUAGCCUUGAUCUCAACGAUGGGAACCACUACGCCUCCGACCUCUGGGAACAAGGUGAUGUUUUACAAACUCCUGGCCGAGUCAUACCUUGCCUCUGCAGGCGUCCCCUUCUCCAUCGUGAAGCCGUGCGGAUUGUCCAACGAUGCCGGCGGCGAACGAUUGCUGAUGGCCGGGCAUGAUGAUAGCGAGAAUUGGUUCUCCCAGGGUUUCUACAUGAUCCCUCGCGCCGAUGUAGCCAAUGUCACCACCAUGGCACUGCUGCAUGCCCCGGCGGAUGCCAUGCGAUUCGACCUUUGUGCCAAGGGACCGAAGUCCGGAUCAUCGGACUUCCCUCGAUUGCUGCAGGACGCGCUAAUGCCGUGGCAGCGUGCUGCGUCUGAAGCGGUCGUCUGA